GAAGCAGCAGCCAGGCAAGAUGGCGGACCUGGGGAAGAAGUACUGCGUUAACUGCCUCGCAGAUGUCACCAACUUGCGGCUUCGCUGCACCGACUGCCCAGAUAUCGAGCUGUGCCCAGAGUGCUUCUCGGCGGGCGCCGAAAUCGGCAACCAUCGUAGAUGGCACGGCUACCAGCAGGUCGACGGCGGGCUGUUCUCACUGUGGGGUCCAGAGGCAGAGGGAGGAUGGACUAGCAGGGAAGAGCAGUCGCUGCUCGAUGCCAUCGAACAGUACGGCUUUGGAAACUGGGAGGACAUGGCCGCACACGUCGGACCGUCCCGAACGCCGCAGGAAGUCAUGGAGCAUUACGUCACCAUGUACAUUCACGGUAACCUUGGUAAAGCCUGCAUCCCCGACAGUAUUCCCAACAGAGUAACUGACCACACUUGCCCAAGCGGGGGCCCCCUAUCACCCAGCCUCACCACCCCGUUGCCCCCGUUGGACAUAAGCCUGGCUGAGCAGCAGCAGCUCGGAUACAUGCCUCUGCGUGACGACUACGAAAUCGAGUACGACCAGGAUGCGGAGAAGCUCAUCAGCGGGCUGUCGGUUAACUACGACGACGAGGAUGUGGAGAUCGAACUGAAACGGGCCCACGUAGACAUGUAUGUACGCAAGCUGAGGGAGAGGCAGCGGCGCAAGAACAUUGCCCGUGACUACAACUUGGUGCCUGGGUUCCUUGGCAGAGAUAAGAAAGACAAGGAGAAAGAGAAGCCUGGUGGGUUGCAGGUCAUAGGCGGUUCUGUCCCUACGGGUGGAUCGGGAGCAUGCAGCGCCGCAGUCGGACCGGCUUCCACGACGGCGACGGGGUCCGUCCCCAUUCCGAGCACACCUAAAAGAAAGAUCACCAAGGAGGAGAAAGAGCAGCGAGUGAGGCUACGGGCGCUCUGCCAGUUCAUGGCUCAUCGGGAGUUUGAGGAGUUUUUUGAGAAUAUGCACAAGGAACGGGUGCUGAGGGCCAAGGUGCGCGAGUUGCAACGCUACCGCCGCAACGGCAUCACGCGCCUGGAGGAGUCCGCCGAGUACGAAGCCGCCCGUCACAAACGGGAGAAGCGCAAGGAGAACAAAAACGUGGUGGCCUCCAAACGCGGCGGGUCGGGAGGGGCCGGGCUCGGCUCUGGGUUGGGACUUGGCGGCGGCGGGGCAGGCGGUGGAGGUGGUGUCACGGUGGGGCUCGGGGUUGGGGGCGGGAUUAAGGAAGAGAGCAAAGAUGGAGAGUUUGCCGCCAUCGAGAACUUGACUGGGUUUGAGUUGCUGUCAGAUCGGGAGAAGGUGCUGUGCAACUCUCUUAACCUGAGUCCAACACGCUACCUGACUGUCAAAACCAUCAUCAUCAAAGACCACCUGCAGAAAAGGCAGGGCAUCCCGGCAAAAAGCCGACUGCCCGGCUACCUGGACAAGGUUCUCAAGAAGCGCAUUCUCACCUUCCUCACAGAGAGCGGCUGGAUAUCCAGAGAUGCUUUGUAGCGAUCCGUCUCCGGUCGGUGAUCACAAGCCGACGAUCGCCAGUAGCUGACUAGCUUCACGCUCUGGAGGCCGGAUGGAACUACUGCCUCUCACCGACUACUUUUUCUAGUUCUUUUUUCACUUUGCAAAUAUGUACAAUUCAAAUAGAAAAUAUGCCCCACUGGAAUAAUAACUAUAUUUUCAUACAAGGCCUAGGAAGAAAAGUAUAAAAAAAAAAAAAAAAGAUGCUGGGCUGAAGAUGUCCAGCACCUUUUGAGUUUACUAUUGUGUGCUUCCCGCUACAAUUCUUGAUGAAUAAAUUAUGGUAUUUUGCAUUUUGGGAUUUGUUUAUCUCAAGUGUCACUCCUAAGCAUCAUUGUAAAGGUGAAAGAACGAACGAGUGGAACCUAUUUCAUACUGAAAAAUAAGGGUGUUCCACUCAUCUGGUGUUUGAAACCACGUGUUUGCUGAGGAGCCUUUGUGAUGACCUUUUUGUUUUCACUAUAUAGUUGAACCGAUUUACAGAAUUCCGUUCAGUUUCAUGCACUGGUACCGUCACAUUGUUUUGUCAAUGCUACAUUAGCACUAAAGGGGUAAUGAAUUGUCAGUAGACUAAAGAAAAAUUUAUUGCAAGCACCAAAAGAGAAGCUUAAAGUUGAGUGUUGUCCAAUAGCGGACACUGCCAAUGUUCAUUGAAGUUCUAGCUGAAUUAAUAACCGGCAGAUUGAAAGUAUUUUGAUAAGAAUAGUAUGUUAAAAAUGGGGAAAAAGUAGGAUGCCAAGUCGUGUUUAACUCAAACCCGCCGACGUCUGGUUCGUGAAUUUUAUUUGCCUUUGUCAAGAGUGGACACUGUUGUGAUUAAAACUGUUACAAACGCUAAAAGGUUCCCCAGAAAUAGUUCUCACGCUACCAUUAGGGUUGUUAAAAUACAAAAGUGCCUAAAACCUAGGUCAGAGAAAAGCCUUGCCUUGAUUCCGAUGAGUGGUACGGAACGGUUCAUUAUGCUAGUUUAUGGACUGGCCUAUUCCGGAAACAUUUCCACCGCCAAUUGGAGUCUAACUAGGUAGGCCGGGUUAAACCCAAACACCUGGCGUUGCGACAUACUAAUGUGACGACAAACUUGGCGGUUUAGUGUGUAUCGUCCUUGAUGCAAGCAAUAAUGUCUUAUUUCCUCCAAUGAGUAGAGUGUGUUGUGUGACAGUAAUAGCUCCACCUUAACCGUACCAUACCGUUCUCCUGUUGACCUCCAACCGAACGGGGCCCAGGAACGGUGUGGUUCAUGUCAGUUGUAUGAGUCAUUUUUACAAUAGAAACAAAGUAGUGAACUGACUCAUGUCAUACUGCUUAAUCAAAGUGAGGCAUAAGUGUAAACACAUUUUAUAACCUGCUAAAUUUUCUGUAGCAGUUUCACCUGAGUGUUAUUGAACUUUACAAAGACAGAAGCUAAAAGACUUCUUGGCCUCCUGAUAAAGACAUGUAAAUAUCCUGUAGCAUCACAGAGCCAAACUUACUGGUAUCCCUGUUGUCAGUACUUCAUA